CCCUCCCCUCCGCCCUCCACUAUCCGCGCCCCUACGCCGUUACCGCCAAGCCAUGGCCGCAACCCCGCCGCCGCCCGACGCCUUCGCCUUCUCUUCUGACGGAGAGCUCUUCGCAGCCGUCUCCGGUCGGCGAAUCCAGGUAUGGAGUACAAGAGAAGGACAAAAGAUAGCAGGAUGGACUGAUCCAAUAGCAGCCCAUGAUGAUUCAUACAGUUGCAUUGCCUGCAGCUCUGUUCAGAAGAAGCACAAAAAGGAUGGCGACCUUAUUGUUGUUGCUGUCUAUGUUUUCAAGGCGUCGCCUAGGCGUCGCCUAGGCGACGCUUAGGCGUCAGAGCGCUCGGGGACGUCAAGGCGUCGUCGUCGCCUUAGUUUUCUGUCUAAGGCGUCCGCCUUCUGCUGUUGAGGCGUCCAAGGCGUCGCCUAGGCGGAUAAGGCGCCGCUUUAGUUGAUUUUGGACGCCCUGGACAUGCGUGGGCAGGUUGAGCGGGAACCAGCAGCUGGCGCGCGCCAGAAAGAGGAAUUGGCGGGAGGGAAGAGAAAUUGGGCGGGAGAGAGGGGGUAAACAGAGGCAGGAGAGAGAGGGGAACACACCCGUGACUCCAAAUCGAGGGGAAAAGAGAGAGGAGCUCUCUCCUCUCACGCCGCCGGCCCAGAUCCGCUACUCCUCCGCCGGCCUCCCCCUGUCCGGCCAAGCUCCUCCUCCACAGGCCCUUCCCCUCUCCGGCCAAGAUCCAUCUCCGCCGGUCCUCCCCCUCUCCAGCCAAGCUCCUCCGCCAUAUUAGUACCCCUACCGCCUAAUAAUAAGUGUCUAAGGCGUCGCCUCGCCUCGCGCUUUGAGCGCCUAGGCGUUGAGGCGCCCCCCCAGCGCCUUAAAGCGCCUGGGCGCCUUGAAAACAUAGGUUGCUGUUGGCACUGCAAAUGGUGUAGUUUUAGCUCUUGAUUCUACUGGUGUUAUAUGGAAAAGUGCUUGUCACACUGGGUCAUUUCUCUUCACUUUUCGAAACAAGGGUGUGUUCUUAUUACUGCUAGCAGGGAUGGAGUUAUAUGUGAAUUGGAUACUUGGACUGGAAAAUCCAAAGACACAUUAAAAGCUUCGAAAAAGUCAAUUAAUUCUUUGACAGUUUCUCAUGAUGAGAAGUUUAUGGUUGUCUCAGGUAAGACAACAAAACUAUAUAGUAUGAAGGACAAAAAAGAGAUUCUGAAGAUUCCUUCUGAUGAUGGCCCUAUCCAGCUGAUGUCUGUGUCCGAUGAAGCACACACAUUAGUUUCUUAUACUGACAAUAAUAAAGAAGUCAAAGUCUGGUCUUGUGAUCACCAAAAUUGCACUGUUGUUUCUACAGUCUCUCUUGCCAUGCAUACUCAGCCAAAGACAGUAGAGUGUAAAAGGAGCACAUCAUCUAAAGCCGGGGGAAUUGUUCUUGCAGUAUCAAAGAAAGGUGUGGCUUAUGUGUGGGAUUUGCAGACCCUUUCCCAAGAUGAAAUACUGCCCACCAAAAUUUCAGUAAAAAAAUCACUUGAUAAAAAGGGCCGUGUCCCAAUUAUUUUAGCCAAGUUAUGUGAUGUCAAAGAAGACAACACAAUUAAGGUUCAUGUUGUGUUUGGAUCACUAGACUGUUUACAGUUCAAGAUUGUUGUAUUGGGUGAGAAUUGUGAGGACAUCAACUUGGUUGCGGAAUCUGAUGCAUUAGCUUCAGAAGAGCAAGAUGCAAAAGUAAAUAACAAGAUGGAUGAUGAACAAGAUCGACAGGAGAAUACAAACCUCACUCGUCAAGGAAGACCAAACAAAAGGACAGCGUCUGUUUUGGAUUCUAUCACUGACACAGUCAAGGAGGUGAAUCCAGAGUAUAAUCUAGAUGAACCAACUAUGGAGCAGAAACUCGAGAGUCUAAAUUUGCUCAAUAAGUCUGAAUUCCUUGAAGAGCAAUCAGCCUCUCUGGCGCCGCCGAGUGCAGAUUCAGUCUAUAUUUUGCUGAAGCAAGCUUUGCGUGCUGAUGAUCACGCUGAAUUGCUGAAAUGCAUGUACAAUAGAGAUGAAAAGGUCAUUGUAAAGUCAGUAUCACUCCUAACGCCAGGAGAUGCCCUGAAGCUUCUCAAGUUCUUCGUGUCGUCAAUACAAUCUAGGGGUGCAAAGCUGGUUUGUUUGCUCCCGUGGCUUCAAACUUUACUUAGCCGGCACAUGAGCAGCAUCGUGUCACAGGAGUCUUCUCUGCUGUUGCUCAAUUCACUCUAUCAGCUUAUUGAUGCAAGAACGUCGACCUUCAAAUCAGCACUUCAACUCUCUACCACCCUUGAUUACCGGUUCAGUGAGAUUGCCGAUGAAGAAACUGACGAGGAAGAGGCGGCCGCACCGAUUAUCUAUGAGGACAAGGACACAGAGGACGAAGAAUCUGACAUCGAUGCUAUGGAAACCGAUGAGGAGAGUGAAGAGCUUGGCGAUGUUACUGAUGCCCUAAGGCAUUCAGAUGGAAGUGAGAGAGUAUUAUGAGCGACUGACCUGUAGACUCUUCUACGAAUGAGCUCUCAAUCAUCCUUUUCGGGUCUUGCUAAAAAAUCAUCUGUAAAAGGUAGGAGCUCGAAAGCUGAUGGUGUAUACGAGGCUGCUAUAUGUUGCUGGAUAAAGUUUUGAGAGCCUCAGAUUUUCAUGGAAAACCCAGCUAGGCUUGUACUAUCUUAAGCAUCGAGCAUUUGAAAUGGCAUUUCAUUUGCGAGAUGACAAUUUA